ACAGACUCACUUCCUGGACAGUGUUUGUGUUGCUGCUUUAUUUUCUUCAGCCUCUACGUAUGUGUUUAUCGUCACAUCUCAAUCAAACAUCGUGUUUUUAUUUACUAUCAUGGUCUAUAUUUCAUUUCCUCUCUGCUGUCCAAACUGACUGCUGUCUGGUCUGGUAUGGAGUCUGCGGCUGUGGAUGAUGAUAUCUGUAUUCUGAAGCACGAGACGGCGUACGGGCCGACAGAAAGCCCCGUGUCUGUGUGUGCCGGAGACGAAUCGGUGGCAUCUCACUUUGCUCUGGUCACGGCUUACGAGGACAUCAAGAAGAGACUGCGAGAUACAGAGAAAGAGAAUGCAGUGCUCAGGAGAAAAGUCAAACAUCUGGAGGAUAAACACUUUCGACCUGAAGCCCCUCCCGCUGAAGGACCGCAGUACAUGAACAAAGCUUUCAGCGCGUACCGCGGUAUCUAUAUAGAGAAGGAGGAUUUACAGAUGGAACUGAAUAAACUGAGGAAAGAGAAAGCAGAUAUGGAGAGAUGUUUGACAGAUCAGUUACAGACCAGAGAGCUCGAGCUGCUCCAACUCCGAUCAGAAAUAGAGACCAAUCAAGUUAUGAAGAGUCUGAAUCAUACAUCAGAAUACUGGCAGGUGGAGAGAGAUGAAAGUGAAAUCAUUCAUUCACUACGGCAAGAGUUUGAGAAGAAUACACUUCAUCAUCUCUGUACUUCAACACAGGGUCUUUCUGAACCUGAAGACCACAUCCAUGACAUCACAGACUCCAGGACGCUGGCCAUCGUGCAGUCUUAUCAAGAUGUGUUGAGUGAAGUGUCACGCUUGCACAACGUUGUACGAUCACAGUCAGAUCUGAUGAAGAAAUUACAAAAGAGACCGAUGCUGUCGGGACUCAGACGAGAUUCGGCUGUUCCAGUGCAGUGCUUGGAUGAUGUGGAGAAGAUCACAGAGCCGGCGAGAGGAUCGACGUCUAGGCCUCCAAGCGCACCUCCUCUUCCCUCGGCAUCAGGGACUCAAGUUCUGGAUGGCUCGCAGGAGAACUGCUUGAAGGACCCGUGGCCCGUACCACGACCCGCUCCUUUGGGCAGCCCCGGUGGCGGCGGUCUGCCUCGGCCUCAACGAAUGGGCUCGCUGGAUGAGAGCUCCUGGUCUUUUCCCAGUCCGCCGAGACCGAGCGACGCGUCUUUUUGGGACAACUCGACGUCCAAGAGCUCCACGGCUAACUGGACCCCGCCAUACUGAUCCACGGUCCCUGUCACAUGACACCUUACCUGCCUUAAUGUGUCCCCUCGCUGAGCCCCGGAUGAUUAUAUACCUCGAGCGAUCUGGACUGUGACCGUCAGUCACCGCAUAUUUUCUGCUCAAGUCUGGGGACGGAGGUUUGAUUUGAGUUUAAAGACCAGAGAGGCGGACCUUUGUGUGUAUGAAUGUGCGUGCGUGCGUGUUUUUCUGCAUUAAACUCACUCCAGUGGCUUUGUCCGAAACAUAUAUUUGUGCUUUUACUAUAGCCACGUCUCAUUGAGUGCUGUAACUGGAUUAUGUCUUGUAUUAUGAAUGUAUAAAGGGAUGUUUAGUAGUCCAGAGUUCAGUCAGAAAGAUUUGAUUUGCAAUGUGAACGCUGCUCUGAUGUGUUUCAGCUCGGUUCAAAUCUGAUAAAAACCAACUUGUUGUUUUAGCUUUUAGAUUUAGUCUAUGAAAUAUAUGGGCAGCACUUUUUUCCCUUAUUUUUUUCCUUUAAACAGAGUUCCCACGAGACGUGAACUGUCAGAGAAUUUUAAAUUGUGAUUCAUUUCCAGGUCUGAAUAAAAAUAUUUAAGUUCUGCAAAGUUGUAAAAAUGUGUACUGUGAAAAUAAAUCAUGCUCAGAUCAAAUAUAUCUCAUUGCUCUUUGUCUCGAAUAGUUUUUUUAUUAUUUAUUGGUCAGAUGUUUGGGGAACGCUGUUUAAAGUCUUGCAUUUUUAACACAUUUUCUGUAUUUCAGGAUAAGUUUUAUCCACUAGUCACCAGUGUUUAGAGGGUGAAAAGUGUCUCUGUGGGUUUGUUUAGGGAUUUAAAGUAAAUUUGGUCAAUAUUGAUGUGAUAAAGAUGUUCUUAAAGAUACUACAAUUCAAUUAUAAAACUAAAAUCUCAAAUGUUUUUGCUAUGAUAAAUUAUAAGGAAUGAAAUAAAUGCAAUAGAAAGGUGGGCAUCUAAACACUGUUGGGCUAGUUACUCAAAACAAUUAUAUAUAACUCAUUACUAGUUACUCCUUUCAAAAGUAAUAUUAUUACUUUAUACUCCCAGACAAAAACUGGUAAUGCAUAAUUUUAGCAGUCUGUGAAUCCAUGAAAUAUUCUAAUGCUAACUUCCUCUGUUGGUGACAUUGUGACAAAAAUAACUAGCUAUUUUUUAGAUGGUAACUGUAAUAUUAAAGUAAAGUAAUUAGUUACACUACUAACUAGUUACUGCCCAACACAAUUAUCUAAAUAUGUAAAUUUGAGUCUGAUAUUUGUGUUUAUUUGAAGUAAUUGAUCUAUCUCAGCUGUUUGUGUUUGUUAGCAGUUAAGCUCAGAUGAUAAAUAAAAAGUUUUGUUAUUUAUGCCCUGAUUUAAAGACACACUAUUGUAUUUAUAUUCAAACUUAAUCCACAGUCUACUGAAACUCUUCAUGUUUUGAGCUUGAUCUGAUUGAAAAUGUUUGCAAAAUGUGGUUUAUACAUUCAUUCAGUUCUGUAUGUAAACCGUAAUACAAUGUACAGUAGAUUAUUUUUAGGAUCAGUCCUGAAACUUUGUUAAUAAUCAAUAAAGAAAUGAAUGUAAAGACUGUUGUUUCAAUGAAAUAACACAAACAAUUAUAGGAUAGUACACACAAACACUACAUACAGACCACACACUGUGGGAUUUCAUUAAAUCCAUGAGCUGGUCAUCAGAACAAAUGUGCAUUUAUAUGUAUGUAUAUAUGCUCAAAAAUUAUAUUUGUAUUAAGAUUUUAAUUUAAACCCUUGCAUCUGUUUAAUUUUCAUCAUUAUUUUAAUGAC